UUCACUUCAAGUCUUCCGAUAUUGGCAUCCUUUAUCCAGCCACGAAUAGAAACUGAUAAUCUAUUUCUCAAUAAAACUCCAUUCAGUUGUCGGCAGUAAUGAUCGUCUCAGGGAUUCCUACGAUUUUCUGUAUGCUGUUUCUGGUGGCGUACAGUUAUUCGUCAAUUUUGACAGACAUCUUUCGAAUACAACAAGUGCGAACUCCCGUUGAUGCCACUGGAUUGAAAUAUUAUGCACUCGAUUUUAUAGGUUUGGUCCAGCAAUAUGGCUACAAAGCAGAAACCCAUGAAGUUACAACUCAAGACGGCUAUAUAUUAUCAGUAGGUCGAGUUCUUCCCAAUGGGUCAGGUCUCAAUAAAUCCGCUGGAUCUCAAGUUGUAUUUCUUCAGCAUGGAAUGGCAGGUUCGGCUGACUGCUUUGUACUCUUCGCUCCCAAUAUAAGUCUCGCCUAUCAACUAUCAGACGCUGGAUACGAUGUAUGGCUUGGUAAUCUCCGAGGCAACACGUACAGUCGUAGACACACCACAGUAUCACCAGAGGAUCCUCUAUUUUGGGAUUUCAGUCUGGACGAAUAUGCAACUUUGGAUUUAGCUGCAAUGACGGAUUACGUGUUGAAUUACACAGAACAACCAUCCGUGUCGUAUGUUGGACAUUCCAUUGGAUCCACCAUAGUCUCACUUUUGCUCGCUGAGAGGCCGGAAUACAAUGAGAAAAUCAAUUUGAUGAUACUUCUAGCCCCCUUGUGCCCUUGGAAAACUAUGACUCCAGCGAGAUUAUUCCUGAUUCAAUUAGCUCGUUUGGGUAAGAAAGUCACUCCCAAUGGAGCAGCUGAGAUGUCCUCCCAGACUACAUUUAUGCCGUUAUUUUACGAAAAUGUGUGUUUGGCCAACGAUUACACUGCAAUGCUCUGUUAUGCACCAUUGAAAUUUUUCUUUGGAGCAGAUGGAAGACAAACCUCAAUUGAGAAUUUAAAGCUUUUCAGCAGAUACUACCCUGCCGGCACCUCAAUUAAAGUUGCAUAUUAUCUCCUUCAGCAAUUGGAUUCAGGUGUCCCCCGCCAUUUUGAUUACGAGGAUGAGGGGAUUAAUAUUCAACGUUACGGACAAAUUCAGCCACCGGUGUACAAUUUGAGCAAUAUAAUCUCACCUAUGGUAUUGUUCUCUGGGAUAAAUGAUCCAUUAGCAUUGAAGGAAGAUGUCGAUCAAUACAGCAAGAAUUUUCAAAGAGUUAAAAAAUUAAUCCAUGAGCCAAUAAAUUAUACAGACUUUGGUCAUUUUGACUUUUUAUCUGCUAAAGACAUUAAGGAAUUGGUUUAUAAUCGACUGUUGGAAAUUCUCAAUGAUUUCCAUAGAGAAUGAGAUUUACUAGGGAAUUGUUGAAUAUAGUUGAGGGAGAAAUAAAAAUUUGCGUGAAUUUUUCUUUUUAUAAAAUCACUAUAAAAAUAUGAGGCAUGAAUAGAAUCUGAUAUGUGGAGGGAAAUCGAAUAAGUCUCACAGGACAAUUUGAAUAGGAAAGUAAAAGCUGAAGGAAGAAAGGGGUGGGAGGAAAAUAGAAAACUCGUGUAUGCAUCGACCGGACGUCGGAGGGACUACCAGGGAGAAAAUAAGGGAAAAGGCUGAGAGGGUGGUAACCUUUUUCCAACAUAGAAAUAUACAUAAGGGUCGCGCAAAAAUAUCAAAGGCACGACAGGGAAAUUGAAAGGCUUUGUACGGAAAUAAGAAUGUAUCGACUGGCACCGACAUCCACUCACCCCGGACACGAUUUUUAAAUCUCGAAUUUCGCUCUCCUCUCAAACGUUAUAUCUACCAUGUUAUGCAUGUAUACGCGAAGAGAUUCCGAUGAGAGAAAAAGACACAUGUUAGGGCCUCCUUUUUCUCGUGAUAAACAACAUGACAAUAUGUUUCGCAUGAUUCACUCAUCUCGACAUUCAAAUAUUAAUAUUGUCAUUGAAAGUGUCAAUGUUUGUGGGGAAGUGAAAUGUAAAGACGCUUUUCCCACGAGUCAGAUGUACCUGUUUCCGUGAAGCAUUGUGAAAAUCAUUUAAUCUCGUUAAAUCCCAACCGAUCUUGAGACAUGGAUUGAACCCUUUUGUGGGACAUGGAGGAGCCCCUUUGCCCAAAAUAGUCAGGGGAAAGGAUCUAAAGCGGAAGUGAUUUGUAUGGACUUGGCGAAUGGAGUAUUAGCACCAAUUAGGAUGGAAUUAUCGGAGUUGAAUAAUGGAGAGUGACACCGGGGGUAACUCGAGUCUCGGUAUCCGUUUGAGGAACGAUAUAUGAAAGACUAAAAUUCAACGCGACAAUCUAGUAAUUCGGUUGAGUCUUAGGCUAUUUCCCAAAAUAUGUAAACCAAUUCCGACUGUCGAUUUCGAUGUUGGGGCUAUAUUCAAUCUUUUCAAUAAAUUUAAAUUGAAAACUCGUGUUUAUUUUGUGUUGUUUUCAAACGCAGCUGGUGAUAAUUUACUUUCGAAAUUUUUCCUGCACCGGCAGACGCUCCGAGCACGUGUCAUCAAACAAUUCUUGUCAGCGGACUAAUUAGGGGAUAUUGGAGUUACCGGAUACUCUGGGACAUUUCGAUAAAAUACGGAGCGACUCGUCUUAUCGAUCGAUUUUCACGUGACAGCUCACCCGUAUAAAAUAAAACAGGCAUCUCUAUUAUUUUACGGCAUCUGUUGAUGUUGCUCCAUCAUUUCUUUUUUAUUUUUGCUCAUUUCCAGAGAGAAGAGAAGAAAGGGCUAUUAAUCCUAUUUUUUUUUUUUUUGUUCCA